AUGUUUAGGUUUAUGUUCUUGUUGAGAUCUGUAACAUUAAAGACAUUUUGCACACUUAAAUCAUAUCCAAGUAGAAUGACGUCGUCUCUGUCAGCGCAAACUUCAUGGGACCCGGAAUCAAAUAUUCCUGCGAAUGUCUUAAACUAUUUGAAGAAUGAUCAACCAUUAAACUCAAAAUACUCACAAAUCAACUUCUUCUUUCAACUGAUAUCAUUAUUAAAGCAACAAGAACGGACAGGCUGGAUUAACAUGGGGAUUCCCAAGCCAGAGUCGAUUGCCGAUCACAUGUAUCGAAUGUCAAUUAUAUCACUUGUGUUAGAUUCUAACGCAUGGGAGGCAGAAAACAUUAAACCCGACCUUAAUAAGUGUUGUAAAAUGGCUCUGGUUCAUGAUAUUGCGGAGACUUUAGUCGGAGAUAUUGUACCAAAUGAUGUUCAUAUUGAUAAAUUUGAAAAGAGUAAACGUGAAUAUAAAGCAAUUUUGUAUUUAUGUGAUAUUAUUUCAAAGUAUAAUCAACAAUCCGCAAAUGAGAUUAAAGAAUUGUGGAUUGACUAUGAGUGCCAAAGAAACAUAGAAUCUACAAUUGUUAAAGAUAUUGAUAAAUUUGAACUGCUGAUCCAAACUUUCGAAUAUGAAAGAAUGCAUAAAAGAAGAAUGGAUGAGUUUUACUCGUGUAAAAAGGUUAUCAAGAAUCCAGAAAUUCAGAAAAUGGCGGAUGAGCUAUUUCAACAAAGAGAAAAAUUUUUGUCUGCUAAUCAACUGUAG